CCCAGCUCCUCCUAGGACCCUCUCCUUCCUGCCCCGGCCUGGGCACCGCCACCCUGUUGCCCCCACCCCUCCCCCUCUGGGCCUGAGCGGCCCCUCACCUUGUCCCCUUUAACCCCGGGGCCUGCCUAGCUGGCUGCCCGCCCUCCUCCCCUGGAGAGCUUUUGUCUCCAGCCCGUGCUCUGAGAUUGGUUUGUGGGUGCCUGGGGCUCUGUGCCCCUCCUCCCAGCUCCCUUGGCCCCUUGCCCGGGGUGCUCAGGAUCUGUUGUCCGUGGGGCACCUACGCUGGCUCGCUGAGACUCUGCUUUCCUCCUUCCAUCCGCUUCUCUGACUUGCCUGAGUCGCCCCCUCUUCCCAGUAGCUUGGUUUUAGCCCCCCGGGAGCUGCUGCUUCUUUGUAAACUUCUACCCCUGCAGCCUCCCUCCUCGGUUCGCUCUUCUCCCUCCGUUUCUUCUUUGUGCCGUAGAUCCCAGCUACAUCCCGCCAACCCAAAGCAAAAAGCCAAGUUGCUCCAGGCGUGUUGAGUUCAGCCCCUGUAGGCAAAGGGAGCAAUUAUUUCUUCUUCCACAGGUGGCGUUUUAUGGUAGACAAAAGAGUUAACUCUGGGCUGACUUGUCCCUUUUUGAACUCCUUUUGGAAACUGCCAGGUGUUCAUCCGAGCCUGCUGCAACUGCUGCUCUUUUAUUUUAUUUUUUCUUGCUUUUUGUACGUCAAUAGCACUGGGCUGUGGAGAUCCUUGGCUUGCGGAGAGAUCACCCUUCCUCACUACUCCCACCCCUUAAGGGGCGGUGUUAGCAGUUGAGAGGUGGAAAACUAUGCCAAGAAAGCUGUUGUUGCCUUAUAAAUCUGUUUUUUCUCACUUUCGAGCUCCAAGGGGUUUGCAUGAUUCCUUGGCAAUGAAUGCCGCCAGAAGUGGCUACCGUGUCUUCUCGGCAAACUCCACAGCCGCCUGCACCGAGCUGGCAAAGAAGAUCACAGAAUGCAUGACUGCUGGCUUCCCACUCACUGUGAUAUCCUAGCAGGCACUCUGCUGGGGAUGUCAGUCGCACCUUUGAGUAGGGUUGGAGCAGACUUAUAAGGGCGUCUUGGUGCUGAGUUGGGAAAAUCUGUGGUGUACCAGGAAACGAAUGGAGAAACAAGAGUUGAAAUAAAAGAAUCUGUCCGCGGUCAAGAUAUCUUCAUUAUACAGACAAUACCCAGAGAUGUGAACACUGCUGUAAUGGAAUUGUUGAUAAUGGCUUAUGCACUGAAGACUUCCUGCGCCAAGAAUAUUAUUGGGGUCAUCCCUUACUUCCCCUAUAGCAAACAAAGCAAAAUGAGGAAGAGGGGCUCCAUAGUCUGCAAACUGCUGGCUUCUAUGCUAGCCAAAGCAGGUUUAACACACAUUAUCACUAUGGAUCUUCAUCAAAAGGAAAUCCAAGGCUUCUUCAGUUUUCCAGUAGACAACUUAAGGGCAUCUCCUUUCUUGCUACAGUAUAUACAGGAAGAAAUUCCAAAUUACAGAAAUGCAGUUAUUGUAGCCAAAUCUCCUGAUGCAGCGAAAAGAGCCCAGUCUUAUGCUGAGAGACUGCGUCUGGGACUAGCGGUGAUCCACGGAGAGGCUCAGUGUACGGAGCAGGACAUGGAUGACGGCCGCCACUCUCCCCCAACUGUCAAAAAUACCACCGUGCACUCUGGCCUGGAACUGCCCUUGAUGAUGGCCAAAGAGAAGCCACCAAUAACCGUAGUUGGAGAUGUUGGAGGAAGAAUUGCCAUCAUUGUGGAUGAUAUUAUUGAUGAUGUGGAAAGCUUUGUUGCAGCCGCAGAUAUCCUAAAAGAGCGUGGUGCUUACAAGAUUUUUGUGAUGGCGACUCAUGGGCUCUUAUCUGCAGAUGCACCCCGUCUAAUUGAAGAAUCAGCAGUCGAUGAGGUGGUUGUGACCAAUACAGUUCCUCAUGAAGUUCAGAAGCUGCAGUGCCCCAAAAUAAAGACAGUGGAUAUCAGUUUGAUCCUUUCAGAAGCCAUCCGACGAAUCCACAAUGGGGAGUCCAUGGCUUAUCUCUUCCGCAACAUCACCGUGGAUGACUAGAUGGCAAUAUUGCCCUUGUCGGGGUUUUCUGAAGCAAAGGGAAAGGAAAUGUGCAUGAAAAAACAAUGCCAUAAAUUAUAGAUGUAACACAAUUGUUUCUUCUGCUAGGGAGAGGAUUUAGGGUGUUUAAAGGCUGAAGCCACAAGAUUAAAUAGCAAAAGUAAAGUUGAA